AUGGUACAAAUAAGUGAAGUCACAGAUAAAACUACAUCCCUACCAGUUUCAUCUGCUAAGGAAAAUAGAACAGCCGCCCACACUCACAUCAAAGGACUUGGUUUAAACGAACAUGGAGUUGCCAAACCCAUUGAAGGUGGAUUUGUUGGACAACAGGAUGCACGUGAAGCAUGUGGGAUAAUUGUUGAUUUAAUCAAAAGUAAGAAAAUGUCAGGCAAAGCUGUUUUGAUUGCUGGUCCACCAGCUACUGGUAAAACGGCAUUGGCAUUGGCAGUAUCACAAGAAUUGGGUCCAAAAGUCCCCUUUUGCCCCAUUGUUGGGCUGGAAUUGUAUUCAGCUGAAGUUAAAAAGACUAGUGCAUUGAUGGAAAAUUUCCGAAAGGCGAUUGGAUUAAGGAUUAAGGAAACCAAAGAAGUUUAUGAAGGUGAAGUUAUUGAAUUAACCCCAGAAGAAGCUGAAAACCCCUUGGGUGGAUAUGGUAAAACCAUAAGUCAUGUUAUAGUUGGAUUAAAAACAGCAAAGGGAACGAAAAAUUUACGAUUAGAUCCAAGCAUUUAUGAGUCUUUACAAAAGGAACGUGUUGCCAUUGGAGAUGUCAUUUAUAUUGAAUCAAAUACUGGUGCAGUUAAACGUGUUGGUAGAUCGGAUGCAUAUGCUACUGAAUUUGAUUUGGAAGCUGAAGAAUAUGUCCCACUUCCUAAAGGUGAAGUACACAAGAAGAAGGAAAUUGUUCAAGAUGUUACAUUACAUGAUUUAGAUGUUGCCAAUGCUAGACCUCAAGGUGGACAAGAUGUAUUGAGUAUGAUGGGGCAAUUAUUAAAGCCCAAAAAAACGGAAAUCACAGAUAAGUUACGCAGUGAGGUUAAUAAAGUAGUGUCAAAAUAUAUUGAUCAAGGAAUAGCUGAAUUGAUUCCAGGUGUAUUGUUUAUUGAUGAAGUAAAUAUGUUGGAUUUGGAAAUUUUCACUUAUUUGAAUAAAGCUUUGGAAAGUAACAUUGCUCCUAUUGUUAUAUUAGCUUCAAAUAGAGGAUUGACUACUGUGAAAGGAUCAGAUGAUUUAUCAAUUAAAGCACCUCAUGGAUGUCCACCAGAUUUAAUCGAUCGUUUAUUGAUUGUUAGAACUUUACCUUACAACCAAGAUGAAAUCAAGACAAUUAUUACCAAGAGAGCCAAUUUGGAAAAUUUGACAUUGAGUGAUGAAGCAAUUAACAAAUUAAGUCAUGAUGGUGUACAAACUUCAUUAAGGUAUGCUUUACAAUUGUUGACCCCGGCCGGUAUAUUAAGUUCUAUAGCUGGUCGCUCAACUGUUGAAUUACAAGAUGUUGAAGAAUGUGAGUUGUUGUUUUUAGAUUCAAGAAGAUCAACUAAGGUAUUGAAUGAAUCAAAAACAUUCCUUUAG